CGUCAUCAGGCCAUUGAAGUUUUCCGUGACGCAACUAUUGGCACCUCGCCGAUACUGUUCUGUGAAAUGUUCUUAAAUUGAUAAUAUUUAUGCAUAAAUAUUUAUUAAAUUAACUAGAAAUUAAUAAAUUUUGAACAGUAUUAGCUUGAAUAAUAUUAGUCUAUUUUAGUGAUUUUAAAAUUAUUUAAUAGCAUGAGAAACACAUUUCUCUGACACUUGCUCGAUCUAAUUAUUUCUAAAAUUUAGUUGAUGAGAUCUUAUGAGCUCUGAGAUUUAUCCUUGAGAUCUUUAUUAGUAUUUGAACUAUGUCAAGUUGAUCUUAAGAGUAGCUAUGAAGAUCCAAUUCCAUUUACAGGGAUUCUUUCACUCUUAUUCUGCUAAAGAACUUCUAUUAUCAUUAUUACUCAGUUACAUAUUAUGACGUGUCAGGUACCUAGCAUGGAACCACCAAGAGUACUUACCAUCGAGUGGGAAAUGAUGGAUAAAAGUCGUUUCUUUUCACUCUCCAUGGUAAACUCAUUCGCACUGAGGGGUCUUCUUUACCCCUUCACUGUCAUAAAAACACGUUUACAAAUCCAGAAACAAAAUGCAUUUUACACUGGUACUUUUGAUGCCUUUUUCAAAAUGCUUAAGUACGAAGGCUUUUGUAGUCUUUACAGGGGAUUUUGGAUCAAUUCCAUACAAAUGGCAUCAGGUAUUGGUUAUAUAAUUACCUAUGAAAAAGUGAGACACAUGCUGACUUUGUAUGCUGAUAUUAGGGACACUAAGCUAAAAGGCCUGAUUGGCGGAGGUUGUGGGUCACUGGUUGGGCAGACCAUAAUUACUCCUUUUGAUAUUGUGUCUCAACAUAUGAUGGUUCUUGGCUUGUUGAAGGAUAAAGGAAUGACCGGUGCAAAUUCUGUUAAUCCUCUGAAUAUUGAUACGAGUGCUACUCGAACGGGACUUGCUGCACAGAUUAUUAAUAAGAUUUAUGAGAAGGAUGGUUUAAAAGGAUUCUACAGAGGUUAUUGUGCUUCUCUGUGUACUUAUGUUCCAAGUAGUGCUCUUUGGUGGAUGUUCUAUCCUGUUUAUUCAGAUAUUUUAGCUUCAACACUGCCUCUGUGGACAUCACAUAUGUUUAUUCAUUGUGUAGGAGGUCAAAUGAGUGGAGUUACUGUAGCUGUGAUCACUAAUCCAUUAGACGUAAUAAGAGCUCGUAUACAGGUUAAUAGAAUGAACUCUUAUUCUUGUGCUGUUAACGUAAUUUGGCACCAAGAAGGUAUCUCAUUUCUAACAAAAGGACUUUCUGCUAGAAUUAUCCAAACUUUUUUUUCUUCCUUUUUUGUUGUUCUAGGUUAUGAAACAUUAAAACGAUGGAGUGUGUAUGAUCAAUACAAAGACCAAAUACGUUGGUAGUUAAUUUUUAGUGUUAUGCAAUUAUUCAUUUAUUAAAGUUAACAAUGGACUUUUAAUAAAUUUAUUUUAA